AUGGACCCUGCCGCUACGCAUGAGGAUGUACCAGGCGGCCGUCCGACAUGCGAACAGCAUACAGCCGCCGAGGACCUGAUAGCGAGCUUUUCCGCCAGAAAUCAGCAUGGAUGGAGGAGGGUGGUGCUGAAUUUCACGCCCUCCUGGUUUGCGGCGACGAUGGGGACAGGCAUUGCCUCGAUUCUCUUGCACAACUUACCCUACAACGGCGACUGGCUAUACUGGCUCUCGGUCAUCGUCUUCUGCCUCAACGUCGGCCUAUUCGGCAUCUUCCUCUUCAUCUCCAUCCUGCGGUACACGAUGUUUCCCGGCCUCUUUAUGGCCAUGAUUCGCCACCCCGUGCAAUCAUUGUUCUGCGGGACCUUCCCCAUGGGCCUGGCAACCAUCGUCAACAUGGUUGUCUUUGUGUGCGUCGCGCACUGGGGCCCAUGGGUCAUCACCCUGGCGUGGACGCUAUGGUGGAUCGACGUGGCCGUCGCGGUCAUCACGUGCAUGUGGCUGCCCUUUGUCAUCAUGCACAUGCACCAAAGCGAGCUCUCCAAGAUGACGGCCGCGUGGCUCCUGCCCGUCGUGUCGACCAUUGUGGCCGCCGCCUCGGGCGGCAUUGUCGCCGAAGUGCUCCCCGAUCGACAGCACCAACUCUGGACGAUCGUCACGUCCUAUGUCCUCUGGGGCACGGGCUUCCCGCUCGCCAUGGUCGUCCUGGUCAUGUACUUCCACCGCCUGACCAUCCACCGGCUCCCAGCCAGGGAAGUCAUCGUCUCGGUCUUCCUCCCGCUGGGGCCCCUCGGGCAGGGCAGCUUCGCGCUCAUGCAGCUGGGCAAGGUAUGCGCCGAGGUGUUUCCCCAGACGGAGAAUUUCGGCCCGGACAGCGGCCGGAUCGUGUAUAGCGUCUCCCUCGUCGUGGCGCUCGUCAUCUGGGGGUAUGGUCUCGUGUGGCUAUUCUUUGCCGUCGCGAGCAUCACGCGAAGCAGGUUCCCGUUCAACAUGGGAUGGUGGGGCUUCACUUUCCCGCUCGGCGUGUAUGCCGUGUCGACGUGCACUGUGGCCAGAGAGAUCCCCAGCGAGUUCUUCAAGGUGCUUGGCACGAUCUUCUCCGUGGCGGUUGUUCUGCUGUGGAUGGUCGUCGGCUUAGGGACGCUUAAGGGCGCUCUCUCGGGGGAGCUCUUGUAUGCGCCUUGCGUGGAGCAGUAUGAGAAGCGGUUGGGGAGGAAGGACAAGGACAGGGACAGGGAAAGGAUAGCCAAUCGCCGAUUACCGCUGCGGUAUUGGCAUUGGAGGAGGAAGGGGGAUGAUGCAGGGGCGAAAGCGGCGGCUGAGAAGCAGGAGGUAUGA